AUGAUAACGGCAACAACACCCAACAUUUUUUCACUCACCCCCUGGAUCAUUCCGAGGACAGCUUGCGAGAUCUUCCUGCAACUUUAUCAACACAAAGACACAAAGGGGUCCUCUACAUACACAUACACCGCUCUACAUACCCAUACACAUCGCCCCCAUCCACCAUCAGUUACGCACCCACAUACACAUCGCAUACCGGUCAAGGCGGACCUCUCACAUACCUCACAUAUUAUACACCAUCUAUUCCUCCCGAUCCACAAAUGCCAGCUACAGUCCGACUCGUCAACUCCCUCAUCGCCACCAUAA